AUGGGCUCGGCCUGGGCCAGAGGCGGGUCUGGCUCGGAGCAGGGGAAGCUUCAAGCAGCUUCUCACAGGAGCCACCCCUGUGGCCCCCUGCCCCGCUACCAAAAAAAGCCCCGUGCCGCAGGAACCCAUAACAGGCGCGCCCGUCCCCGCCUGGCGGCCGAGCGCCGAAACGCCGAUGGGGAAGAAGAGGCGCGGGAUUGGCUGGAGCGCCGCCGCACCAGGCGGAAACAAUCGCCGGCCGCGCUGCCGAGGGCCGCGCGCGGGAUUUUUGAAGGAGAGGCCAUGAAGCCGAUGCAGCUGAGGGACCAGAUCAAGCAGCAGCUCGCGGAGUACAGCACGGCGGCUGAUGCCCGUCAAGUAAUUUGCUGUGAUUACGUCAAGAACCAAAACAAAAUCAAGAAGUAUGUCAUUGCGGACAUAGAAGAUUGGGAAAGACGUAUGGAGGAAGUAACCGUCUCUUUACAGAACAAGACGUUAGCCUUGCAAAGGAUCCAACUUACGUUUGCCCUGAGAAACAAAAUGAAGCAAAAUGAUGAUGACGACUCACGACUGAUCACGGAAACUGUGAAACGCAUAGUAGCGCUCAGCCAGAGAAUAAUUAAAUGUCAGCAGGUAGUCAAGCCACAUACGCCGUUAAUUAAGUUCCCGGACAGAAAAAGUAGUCCCAGACCUAAAAUACAGGAAUCUCUACAAGCAAGUGUGCCGUCUCUCCAUGCUUCAAAAGCACAGGACUCUGUAGGAGGCAGAUCACCGGCCUUUCAAAGUAUUUCACCUGUUAGUAGAGUACAAGGUACACCAGACACUUCUGAAUUAGCAAGAACCUUACCUCAGAAAUACAGAAGGAAACUUAUGUCAGAUGAAGAGAUUGAAUAUAUUCAACGUGGAGGUCCAGAAUAAGCACGGAAGAGAGUUUGUUGGCCACUGUUGAAGUAUUGUGUUCACAAUAAAGGCA